AUGCGGUGGGUCCGGUCGGGGUCGGUCAGGGUCCGGUCCAGGUCGGUCGGGUCGGUCGGGUCGGUCGGAUCAGUCGGGUCGGUCGAGAUUAGAGGUGAGCCGUUGGACCUGAGCUCCUGCGACGCUCUGGAAGUCGUCCUCAAAUCGCUGCGCUUUGAUUUCAUCAACCUGCAGGUGGCACGACUGGAAGAGAGCGGAGCAGCGUCUCUGCUGGACAUGAUCUUGUUCUAUGAAUCCACGACUCACCUGGACAUGUCGGACAGCAGCAGCAUGGGGGCCUCGAGCUGGAGGGCCCUGGCUCAUCUGAUCAAGCAGGUGGGGGUCUGUGAGGCUGUGGAUGUGUGUAACGUUCCCGUGGUGGACUUCCCGUCCCGGUCUCUGUCCAAAGCUCUGCUGACCAGCCGGCUCACAGUGCUGCACCUUCACAACGCCCAGCUCAGCGGCAUGCCACUCUACACACUGGUCGGCGCCCUGAGGACCAACACGGCCUUGAAGGAGCUCCACCUCACCAACAACCACCUGAACGGCUCCCAGGACGCGCUCCACCUGGGGGACCUGCUGCGCUACAACUCCACCCUCCACACCGUGCAGCUCAGCAGCAACGCCGUGGCCGGGCAGCCCUUGGUGCGGCAGCUCAGCCCGGCCGGCGAGGCCGGCAAGGGCCGGGCCCCGGGGGGGCCGUGGGGAGAGGCCGGCUAG